UAAUUGCUGCUUUCUCUGCUCCUUGUAUAUAACCCCCUAUCAACCUCCUUUCUUUCAUAGCCUUGUAAACCUCCUUUCUCUUCUCUUCUCUCUUCUCCUCUUCCUCUCUCUCUCUCUCUCUCUCUCUCUCUCUCUCUCUGUGCAAAUGUCUCAAUUCUAUACAAAAUCUCCAAAACACUGUGGCAAACAAGGUUUCAACGUUGACAAGCUCUACAAGAAGCUCUUCUUUGGCUUCUCUGUACUCUUAACCUCAAUUCUAGCAUUGAUAUUCCUAAUUUGGCUUAUCCUACACCCUUCAAAACCCCAAUUCUCUCUGAAAGAAGUUGACAUCUACCAGCUUAACCUCUCAGGCUCUCACCUGCUCAACUCCUCCAUCCAACUCACUCUUCUUUCAAAGAACCCGAAUCAGAAAGUAGGCAUUUACUAUGACGACCUGCAAGUCUAUGCAGCUUACAAAGGACAGCAGAUUACUAUGUAUAGCUCGCUGCCUCCAUUUUACCAAGGCCAUCAAGAUAGCAAUCUGUUAACAGCUUCUUUGGUUGGUUCCGGUUUGCCUGUUGCUCCUUCUUUUGGUUAUGAAGUGGGUCGUGAUCAGACUGCUGGUAGACUGGUUUUGAAUCUCAGAGUUAAUGGAAGGAUUAGAUGGAAGGUUGGAACUUGGGUCUCUGGAAGAUACAGAUUGAAUGUGAACUGUGUUGCUGUUAUGGCUUUCGGUCCUACCAUUCCAACUGGACCUCUGAUUUCCAGGCAAGGGACUGAAUGUUCUACCUCCAUUUGAAAGCGCUAAGAUAUUUAAUACUUGAAUGGGUUUCUUUCUUUGGUUUUGGAUUGGAUGGUAGCAGAGUAAGUGUUUUUGUAAAUUAAUUUUAUAUAUAGGUCAUAAAGUAUCAAUUGUAAGUGGUAAUGGAAAAAAAGAGGGGGCCAAAAAAAAAAAAAAAAGAAAAAAAGAAAAAAAAGGAAAGCUUGUUUGGAUAUUGAUUUUGAUCCUAUACAUAUCUUUGUUUCCUUUGUUCGAAUUUUUAUAUCAUUCUGACUUGGAAUUUUGCUUUGCAUGUGAUGGUGUGUAGAUUAGAUACUAGGAAAAGAGAAAAAGAUGAGAGGGUUUUCUUGUUCCUUUCUUUAGUGGGUUUAAUUUUGAGAGUGUUGGAGGAUUUAUUUUGAUGGGCAAGGAAGAGAAAAGAAAAGAUUUUUUUAACUGACAGAGAGGUAAUCAUGAGUUAAGAUUCCAAAGAGAGAAGAAAGAGAAAAAAAGGAAGGAAAAAUCGGCUGCUUUUCCUGGCUAAGGAAUCUUCAAAUUUACAGUUGAAUCCUUUGCAUGCCUUUAAUAAUGAUGGACUUAAUGGAGUAUUGUCCCCUAUGUACAGUCUCAGUCGCUGAUUAUAAGCUUUUGUUAUUAUAUAUGAUGAAUCUUUAUUCUUCUUUUUA